AUGAAUACUCAACCGGUACGGCACUCACCAAAUUUGCAAGCCCAGACUGUCGUUCAUCGAGAAAAUUGCGGGUUCCACCCCGCAGAUUCACCCAACUGCAAUGUCCACACCCUAAAAGGUGAGGCGUGCCGUUAUAAAGGCAGAAAUGGGCUUGAACCAUAUGGAACCAUCCCAGGGAGACUGCCUGUAUGUGGGAUGCAUCGUCCCUUUGCUCCACCCUCUGCUCGUUGCAAGGCAUUAUUGCCUUGUGGAUUUGAGUGUGGGAGAUUGUUCAAAUGGAGCCCAGGUGAAAUUAGGCUCUGCCCUGAUCAUGACGAUAUACCCCAGCCUUGCUACUUCAUGAUACUCCCAGCGGAGCUGAGACUAAAGAUCUACCAGCAGCUGUUUCUUGAGCCGCGCGCCAAUAAGCGGUCCUAUUCUGACAAUCGUACCACCAAAGGUAAUCGGACCAGCAUUCUCCGAGUCAACCGCAAAAUCAAUGAAGAAGCUACAUCGGUCUUCUACGGAUACCCCAAAUUUACCAUUGAAGUGGGCCCAGAUCAAAUAUUCAUGUCUGGUGACCUAUGGGACUGGAACUUCUACAAAAACUUAUUGAUCGAUAAGGCCCGCCUUAACAAGUCAGACGACUUUUCAGAUCGUCCUGUUGCCCUUCUAGGAGCCCCCUCGCACCCUUUCCUCAAAUGCACUACUGUAAAAAUGCCCAUGGGCGAGGCCAACUUUUCAAAAAUGAGAUCUUUCCAUAUCCAUAUCCACCUUAACCACCCUCAGAAGAAGGGCCGCCCCAACUCGGUGAAUCAUGUGCAACACGCCUGGGAGCGGGAAAUGAAAAAUAGCUACCAUAUGGUUGCUGAUAAUUUGCAAAAACUUGCAUGCUUCUUGACGUUAGUGAAGCCUAAUAUUCACAACUUAUCAAUCUCAAUCCAGGUCGACUAUGGCUUCGCUGGGGACCUGUCUGAUUGUCUGACAUACUCCGGCCAGGUUCUACGUUGGCUCAGCCGCCUACGAUCAGUUACCAACGUGUCUAUCAAAACUGUUGAAUGGGGAAAUGACUCUUUCAGCGUCCUCCCGCAUGUUAACUACCAGCCAUAUCCAGCCCGAGCAACGCUCAUCCCCUUCAAUACCAGCCAAAUACCCAAGGAAGAAAUGACAGAGUAUGAUAUAUUCUGCUCAAAGAUUGCUACCUGGGAGAGCCUGGUUGCAACUCGAGGCAAAUGUGCAAACAAUACCCGGAUCGUGAACGCUUACUGGAAAUUGGAAACUUUACUCUGGAUGUUUCAAACCGCUGGAGUCCGCAAGUUUAGAAAAAAUGACGACACCCUGCCUGAACUUCUCUACAAAGCCAGAUGUGCGCUUCAUAAUGACGACAUGAAGGGUAUGAGUGAUACGGCAACUGAGGCAGUGAAGUAUUGGGCUGAUUACAUUGAUAUGGAGAGAGACUUGAGACGAUGGGCUUGGAGAGAAUUCCUCAAGCUGAACACUUUGACUGCAUCCAAUACACCCUCAACUCUCAAGGAGUUGCUGGAAAUGAUGAAUGAUGCGGGUAUCAGUGCCGCAGUUAUGCCCCAACUCCCGUUUAGACUUGCUGACGCACCAGAACGCUAG